GUGAUACAAACUCAACUAGGCUAUCACAACCAAGGACCGCGCUGCACAGAAGACGGAUCAACGGGAUAUGUUUCGUGGAUUCGGGUGUGUUUGGAUAUGCUCAGGACACUACGUUCCCAAACCAUGGUCACUGGGUUAAACGUGGAUGUACUGAAAGACAAUAAACAUUCCCGCUCAACUGCCAGUAUCGGAUAGUAUGCCCGCACAACUGGCACCGCACACGGAAUGUGGAAUAUGGCACACAUAAAGAUGGGUUUCCUUUUGAUCUUGUGUCUCCCAGCGCUUUUCUUCAAUGUCCUUGUGCUGUCCUAUAAAAGCAACAUCUAUGAGCGGUCGGCGGUCCCAAGAGCGGCGCCCCGCUCCGUGGCCCGGAUGGAUGGAGACGUGAUAAUCGGGGCCCUGUUCUCCGUCCACCAUCAACCUUCUGCCGAAAAAGUAGCCGACCGGAAGUGUGGCGAGGUCCGGGAGCAGUACGGCAUCCAGCGGGUGGAGGCCAUGUUCCACACCCUGGACCGGAUCAACGCCGACCCCUUCUUGCUCCCCAAUAUCAGCCUGGGCUGUGAAAUCCGGGACUCCUGCUGGCACUCAUCCGUGGCCCUGGAGCAGAGCAUUGAGUUCAUCCGGGAUUCUCUCAUCUCAAUCCGGGACGACAAGGACGGCUCUAAGUGGUGCAUCGAUGGAGCAGCGUCCAACCAGCCACCGCCCUCAAAGAAACCCAUCGCCGGGGUGAUCGGGCCAGGCUCCAGCUCGGUCGCUAUCCAGGUGCAGAAUCUUCUGCAGCUCUUCAACAUCCCCCAAAUUGCCUAUUCCGCGACUAGCAUCGAUCUGAGUGACAAAACGCUCUUUAAGUACUUCCUGCGGGUCGUGCCAUCCGAUACUCUUCAGGCCCGGGCCAUGCUGGACAUAGUGAAACGCUACAACUGGACCUAUGUGUCUGCGGUGCACACAGAAGGAAACUAUGGAGAGAGUGGCAUGGAAGCUUUCAAGGAACUGGCAUCACAGGAGGGUCUGUGCAUCGCUCACUCUGAUAAGAUCUACAGCAAUGCCGGGGAGAAGCACUUUGACCGCCUUCUUAAGAAGCUACGCGAGCGGCUGCCCAAAGCCCGUGUGGUUGUGUGUUUCUGCGAAGGCAUGACCGUACGUGGUCUCCUCAUGGCCAUGAGACGACUAGGUGUGGCUGGAGGAGAGUUCCUUCUGAUUGGCAGUGAUGGAUGGGCAGAUCGCGAUGAGGUGGUGGAGGGGUAUGAACAGGAAGCAGAAGGCGGGAUCACCAUGAAACUACAGUCAGAGGAAGUGAAGUCAUUUGAUGACUACUUCCUGAAGCUGCGUCUGGACACCAACACACGGAACCCGUGGUUCCCAGAGUUCUGGCAGUACCGCUUCCAGUGCCGGCUGGCUGGACAUCCACAGGAGAUGAAGAAGUACAAGAAAGUCUGCACAGGUGAUCUAGAUCUCCAAGGUGGCAAUGAGAGUCUUCAUGAUAACUAUGUCCAGGACAGCAAGAUGGGCUUUGUCAUCAAUGCCAUCUAUGCCAUGGCCCACGGUCUCCACGAUAUGCACAGCGAGCUUUGCCCCGGCCAGCCCGGCUUGUGUGAGGCCAUGGACCCCAUCGACGGCAGCAAGCUGCUGGACUACCUCCUUAAGACCACUUUCCGAGGAGUUUCAGGAGAGGACGUGUACUUCGACGAGAACGGGGACACUCCGGGCAGGUAUGACAUCAUGAACCUGCAAAGUGUCGGUGAUGGUAGCUUUGACUACCAGCAGGUGGGCUCGUGGCAUGAGGGCAUUCUGAACAUCGAUGACUGGAAGCUUUGGAUGAAUAACAGCGACAUGGUUCGCUCUGUCUGCAGUGACCCCUGUUCCAGGGGACAAAUCAAGGUGAUCAGGAAGGGCGAGGUGAGCUGCUGCUGGAUCUGCACCACCUGUAAGGAUAACGAGAUCGUCCGGGAUGAGUUUACCUGUCAAGCAUGUGACCUUGGCUGGUGGCCCAACGAAGACCUGGAAGGCUGUGUGCCCCUGCCUCUGAAGUACCUGGACUGGUCUGACGUCGAGUCCAUAGUGGCUGUGUGUUUGUCCUGCGUGGGCAUCCUGGUCACCCUCUGGGUCACGUUGGUCUUCGUGCUGUACCGCGACACGCCUGUGGUCAAGUCGUCCAGCCGCGAACUAUGCUACAUCAUCCUGGUCGGUGUCCUAUUAGGUUACAUCUGCCCGUUCACAUUGAUUGCCUAUCCCACCGUGACCUCUUGCUACCUGCAGCGCCUCCUGGUGGGCCUGUCGGCCGCCAUGUGCUACUCAGCCUUGGUCACCAAAACCAACCGUAUUGCCCGAAUCUUGGCAGGCAGCAAGAAGAAAAUCUGCACCAAGAAGCCCCGCUUCAUGUCCGCUUGGGCCCAGGUGUUCAUCUCCUUCUUCCUCAUCAGCCUUCAGCUCGUCCUGGAGAUAACCCUGAUCAUCCUGGAGCCACCCAUGCCCGUCAAGUAUUACCCCAGCAUUCGGGAGGUCUACCUCAUCUGUAACACCAGCACGGUGGGCAUGGUGGCGCCGCUGGGCUACAACGGCCUGCUCAUCAUGAGCUGCACCUACUACGCGUUCAAGACACGCAAUGUCCCGGCCAAUUUCAACGAGGCCAAGUACAUUGCCUUCACCAUGUACACCACCUGCAUCAUCUGGCUGGCCUUCGUACCCAUCUACUUUGGCUCCAACUACAAGAUCAUCACCACCUCCUUUUCUGUGAGCCUGAGUGUCACCGUGGCACUGGGGUGCAUGUUCACGCCCAAGAUGUACAUCAUCAUCGCCAAGCCGGAGAGGAAUGUGAGGAGCGCUUUCACCACAUCCGACGUGGUCAGGAUGCAUGUUGGAGAUGGAAAGGCAGCUCAACAGAGCAAGAGCAUCCUCAACAUGUUCCGUAGGAAGAAGAGCGGGAACGGAAGCACCAAUUCUAAUGGCAAGUCUGUGUCAUGGUCUGAACCAGGUGCAAGACACCCUCAGAAGGGGGGGAAUGUGUGGCACAGACUGUCUGUGCAUGUGAGGAAACAGGAAGCCGGCUCGAAUCAGAUGGCGGUCAUCAGGCCCCUAACUAACGCCCCCGUCGACCCCCACAGCUGCAACCCCCACCGACAAAACCAAGGCCCUGGCACAGACCCCCACCUCCCCCCCACACACCCUGGCACCAACGCUCUGUACAACUUGGCGGAGGAGGAGGACGAGGGCGGGGAAGUGCGCCCCCUCUGGACCCCGCCCCACUCUGGAACACUCCGAGGGCAGGACUCAGAGGAGCCCCCCUCUUAUUCUCCCUCAAUGGACUGUACCAACGAGGGUUUGCAGGGGAACUUUGUGGACACGCACAGCUCCAGUGGAUUUAAUGACAAGACAGUUGUGUCCGCCAUUCAGGCAAGCUCCACCAGCCAUACCCUGAGCUACACCUCUCGGCAGCCUGGUCCCCUGCAAGGAGGGGCUCCUUUUGGAGAGGAGGAACUAAUCUCCUGCCUGAAGGAGGUUGAGGGGGAGGCACUAGAUCUCCUGCACAACUACACUGAGGAGGCGGAGGAGGGAGAGGAGGAGCUGGCUCGGAGUAAGCUGACCCUGGAGGACUCUUUGGCUCUUUCUCCCCCCUCCCCCUUCAGGGACUCUGUGUGUUCUGCUGGGUCGAUUCCUGGCUCCCCCAUCUCAGAGUUAGCCCUCUGCAGCCCACCAAGCUCCACUUACUCCUCCGCUAUCCUCCAGGACUUCAGACAGAGCUCCUCGACACUGUGAGAGCCACUGAGCUAACACUGACAUGCACACACUCACAUGCCACGUUACUAUGUUUAAACAUCAACAAUUAAUUUAUUGACUUAUUUAUUUACUUACACAUUUCUCCAUUUGCUCUGUUAUAUGCUUGCUUUGAUUAUACUACAGCACAUGUUUACGUCAAAGGGGCAACUGAAAUGACAGAAAUGGAAUAGUCCAGUAGCAAUCAUGUUUCUCAAGGGCUCAGGGUCCCAGAGUACCUUUCUGCUCAUUUUUAGACUGGGAACAGUGCCAAAACUACCAGGAUCUUUUGCCAAAUGUAUUAAGCAAAGCUGUAAUCACAAUGAAGACUGUAGCUACAUGGUUAUGUGUUGCUAUUGUUGUAGAUUGAAACAAAUGGAGGGAAUGCUGUUUAUUUUUUGCUUGAGUCUUAUCCUGAUUUCGAGAUAAAGGGACCAAGCCGGCUAAAGACUAUAGAUUCCACAACACACUGCCUGAUUGGUCAAAAACUUCACGUGUGCAGUUGAGCUCAUAUUAUUAUAUGUAGCAGACGCAGCUGGAUCAAAGACUCUUUUUUGCCUUUUUUCAAAAUGACUUAGUCCUAAAUAAGAAGCACUUGCCUCAGCUUACCAGUACUUUUACUUCUGACCUCAUUGCAGUUCAAACAUUUGCUCUCUGAUAGGAAGCAAAAUAUAUGAAAGCCAGGUUUGGCUACAGUUUAGUAGAUAAGCAGUAUUACUGUUUGUGUCUCAGACAUGGCAUUCAGGGCCACAAGGUACUAUAACAUUAUUUGAUUGAAUUGGAGAUUGGGUAUUUGCACUGUAUGAGAUACAAUUGCACGUUGCGACAUGGUUCUAGCUGUGCCAAUAAAAGCUGUUUUUCCAGUCCUCUGCAUUCAUGUUUACUGUAUAGCUUUUUGUAGAGACUGAUAAGGCAUCUUUGGAAGAUUCUGAGAUUUCUGUACAGUAGCCUGCAUUACGGAGGUGGGUCUGAUUGUAAGCCACAGUAAUGUCAUGGCAUCAUAAGAUUAAACACAUUGAAAUCCUGAGCCAUGUGUGGUUCACACAGAUUGCUAUAAAGAUGGGCUUCUGUUUUUCAUACUGUGUGUAUAGAUAUUUUUUUAUGUUUUCAGAGAUCGAUGUGUCAUUGUAAUGGAAAGAUACUUGUGUAUGUUUUCAAAGUUUGUACUACUGUUAAACCAUCUUUCGUUUUUUUUCACACAGAUGGUAUGUUUGUAAUAUCAGUAAAUGUUUAUAUAUUUAGAAUGUGAAACUAUUUAUACGUUUUAAAACUUGUCUUACAGAUGCUUGUGGAAGAGCUGUUUGUUGGCAUUGAUUUUGGGUAACUUUUCAGAUAGACUUUACAAGUCAGCAGUAUCCUCGUCAAAAUAUUCAGUUUUAUUGCCUACCAGUUGCUUCUUGUGGUAAGAUUAUAUGCGCUUCAAUCUUGUUUAGAUCUUGUAUUAAAAUUGCAGAUGUAUUGAUUUUCUUGAUCAUACGUUUCAUAGUAGCCUACUUUAUCUAUAAGAAUGCAACUCCAAAGUAUAAAAACUUAAUAUACAUUAUGUAUAGUUACUAUAGUAUUGUAAUUGUUAUUACAACAUGUUAUAUUUAGUCAAUUAGUGCUAGUUGUUUGAAGAUUUUAACAUUUCUUAAAUGUAAAGUAACAGAAAGAUCACGUUUUACAUGGUCACAGCUAGAAAGAGAUAGGCCUACAUGUUUUUGGCAAGGUGAACAAUGCUGUAAAAUAAAAACCUUUUAUAGUA